AUGGCGCUUCCGUCCAACUUCGUUCUGUCUCUGGGGCUUCUUGCGCUUGUUACGCUGGCGCACGCUAAUAUCAUGGUUGAAAGUAUCGAUGGGACAUUCAUUCCAUGGAGCUUUGUUAGACGAGCGGGUUCCGGUCCCGUUGGAAUACGUUUGACGAAUGUGAACGAUGUUGCUUACGUUGUCAAUGCCUUGCUUCCUCUUAUUCGAAACUACGAAACAGGCACUCCUCCUCAACAAAUUCAAAUGGCCACCUCUCUUUCUCAAAAUUUCAUCUCAGUCGCGUCUCCUCCGACAGGCGUUACCGACCAGUCUUUCUAUAACCCGGCAAUUUCAUCGAGUCACACGGCAGGCGUCGGAACCGCUUCAGUCCAGACCAUCUCAGGUGGAACGGUUCAAGGAACUUACGUAGACGAAAUAUGCACACUUCAGUCUUCGACUUCAGCUUCGUUCUUCAGCUAUAACGCAUCGGUCGUUUUGACGAGCAAUACGGUAACUAAUGACUUGUACCCUCUCGAUGCCCGUGGGGUUCUGGGUUAUGGCCUCGCGCAGCCGAGUGGUACACCCGCGAGCGCCUCGCUUCUUGGCCAAUUCUUGCCAUUUUCUGGAAAUUUCACCAAUGUGGCCGUGCCCGCAAACAGUCCUACUUCGUGGUCCAUUCCUUUUGAUAAUCUCACCUACAUUUCAAAUGGGCCAGUGUUGAUAUGUAUCGUGCGUGACGUAUUCUUUUUCUCGUCCGAUGCAAACCAACGGGCGCCUCCCCAAUCACCUGCAGACACCGGAAUCCAAAUUACGUCGGCCGCCGCCACGCAGCUCUACGCCGGUAUUCCAGGUAGUCAACCGAUCUCAAGCACCCUUUGGUCGCUUCCGUGUUCGUCCAAGUUCCCCAUUACGCUCACAUUCGCCGGUACACCCUUUACGAUCAACGAACGCGACACGAUCAUAAAGCAGGCCGACGGAAGUUGCACUGGAGCCGUCACUGGUGGGGCAACGACGAUUGGCAAAGUUGGCGCGCCCUUUUUGCGCAAUGUUUAUACACAAUUUUUCGCCGAUGUAUCGGCUGCCGGUGCGACCACUGUCGGUGUUGGUUUUGCAACGAAGAACGUCCGGCAGAUAUCCGUAUUUCCAACGACGACAACACCACCGUCGACAAGUUCCGUGUCUCAAUUUACAGUCAAACCAUCUGCAACUUCUACCGCCGCACCCCCUAAAAGCAGCGCUUCCCGGCUAAACGUCCAAGAUCUUGGACGUUGCUUGAAGCUUUCGAUAAUUUUGGUUUCUGCCAUUAUCUUGACUUUAAGUUAUUGA